CCACCACACACACACAACAACACACUCACAAAUCCAUCUCUCUCUCUCUCUCUCUCUCUCUCUCUCUUCCUUCAUGUUUUUGCCCCAUUAGUUCUCUCCUUAAUGUUUUUGCCCCUUCAAUUCUGUCCUUCAUAUUAUGGUUUUCGAUGUCAAAAAGUCCCCGUUUGGAGCUACAAAGAGGAUCGGAACCUUCCUUCCUCCAAGUCUUAGCUCUCAAACCCUAAUACUAUCAUAAGGCGGUACUGAAUCAGAAUCUCCGGGGAAAUAGGAACAGAAAAUCUCCAUAACCAAAACCAACGGGCACAUCCUCCGACACAGAAUCAUGAAACCGAUAAUCGACCUGGAAGUCGAAGCUUCGUCAGAAAACGGCCAUUCAGACACAAGCAGUCGAGUAGCUUCGAACUUGUCCGUUCAAGGAACCUUCGCCGUCGUCGGCGAUGAUUUCAGAGCAAUCUGCAACUCAUCAUCAGACCCAGAAAUCUCUCUGAAUCUGAGUCUCAGUUUCAGCAACAACGGUGGCGCAAACCCAGAAGAAUCUUCAUCUCUAGUAGGACUUCCGUUAUCGAGCACGAGCGAGAGCAGCAACAACACGACCGAACAACAACAACAACAACGACCCUCUGGUUCGAAGAGAGUCUUCUCCUGCAACUACUGCCAGAGAAAGUUCUUCAGUUCCCAGGCUCUCGGAGGUCACCAAAACGCUCACAAACGCGAGAGAACGCUCGUCAAACGGGCGAUGCGGAUGGGUCUAGGCAUCUUAAACGCCAACGGCUACUCCGCGAUAUCCUGCCUUCCCUUGCACGGAGGCAGUGCCGCCACGAUGUCGUUUAGGGCUCUCGGUAUCAAAGCUCACUCGUCUUCUCACCGCGACUUUGCAAGGCCCAAGGAGCUGAUGACGACGACGACAGCAGCCAGGUUCGACCAGGGGUAUUUCCGUAAUUGUGUACCCUUGUUCGUGGAGGACGGCAAGGCUGAGUUGAUUUGGCCGGGGAGUUUCAGACGAGAGGAAUCGGGUAACGAGAGCUCGGCCCGUAGGGGUGGAGGAGGAGAAGGAAAAGCGGUUUUCUUGGAGGUCAAGCAACCGGUGGAGAUGGAGAACUCUGUGCUGGAUCUUACUUUGAAGCUCCGAUGAAUUCUCUCCCCUUCUCCCUUUUUUUUUAAUUUUCUUUUUUUUUUCUAAAAACCUGGCUUGUCUUAGCCCUACAACUAUUUUUUAUGUACAGAGGGAUUGGGUUUUUUUUUUUUU